CAGACUCCGCCCCACCUGGACGCGCCUGCGCGUUGACGACGCGAACCCAAAUUGAACCCGGCGGAUACAAUGGCAAGCUUGUAAAUGCCGGACCUGCUACUCUGUCAGAACCUCGUUCUCCGCUGCUCGUUUCGUUCCAAACCUGCUGAGGUUCGGAGGUCCACCGCCGGUCACUGUUGGUCCGUCGCGGCGGAAGUGGACGUCUCUGCGUGCCGGAGAACUGCCAAACUGCUGCUAGCGGAGCCUCCGUGUGAGCUGUUUGUCAGGGCUCCGGUCAGGACCGGACCGGACGAUGGAGUUUCCCUUUGAUAUCAACCAAAUAUUCACCGAACGGAUAUCCGUUCUUGACCAGAAUCUCGUAGCGGGCCGGUGGACGGCUAGGAGGCCUGAUCUUCAGGCAAACCUCGCUACGGUUAUCGACGAGUUGGGAAAAGCCUCAGCAAAGGCGCAGCAGCUGACCGCGGCGGUGACCAGCGCCUCAAAGCUGCAAACCCAGCGGCACCAGCUGUACCUCCUGAAGGACGGCGAAAGCAGCGGCGGGCGAGGCGCCGUCAUGGGCUUCCUGAAGGUCGGCCAUAAGAAGUUAUUCCUGCUGGACCGGCAAGGCGUGCACGUGGAGGCGGAGCCGCUGUGCGUCCUCGACUUCUACAUUGCAGAGAACUUGCAGAGGCACGGCUACGGGCUGGAGCUCUUCAACUUCAUGUUGCAGCAUAAGAACGUAGAGCCGGGGCGGAUGGCGUACGACCGGCCCUCACCCAAGCUGCUGUCCUUUUUGGAGAAGCAUUACUCCCUGACACAGAACGUCCCUCAGGUCAACAACUUUGUGGUGUUUGAGGACUUCUUCUUCAACAGAGCAGCGGUCCAGCCGAGGAAGACUCCCCCCAAAAAGCCAGACGGAGAGAUCAAGCCUUACUCUUUAAUGGAGAGAGGAGUGGUACGGCAGGAGCAGAGGACUCCUCCGUGGCCGUUUGCUCCCCACCAGUCUCCUCAGCGGUCGGGAUCCUCCCAGUGCUCCCCAUCCCUGAGCGUGGGAUCGUCCCCAACCAGGGCACUUCAUCGGUCCACCGUGCCGUCUUCCCCUGGAGGAAUCAGGAACCAGAGCCGUCAGUCAGCCCUCAUCGAGGGCGGCAGAGAAAGACGCAGCAGCCAGCAGAGUCUGGUUGCCCGGUGCAGCCUGUACAGCCGGCACAUGGACAGCAGAGCUGCCGGACUGCUGGACAAACACCUGCCAGGUUUAAGGCCCAUCCCAGAUCAGACUCGGGGGCACACAGACACACACAGCUCGGCCAGCAUUCACACACUCCAAAGCAGGUCCCCGAUCUCCUCAGGUUCUUUUCCCUUGCCGUCCAUGACGGACGUCUUAACCGGCAGACGGAAGCCUUCGAACUCGACCGAGUCCGUUUCUGAGGACAACCAGGUACCGCACGGCCAGCGGAGGUCGGAGGCGGAAAACUGCAGAGCGCUGCUGGGAGAGAGAGAAGGACGAAGCCGGGGCUGGUGGGGGUCCCCUGGACAGGCCUUCUCCCCGGCCCAGAUGGUGAAGCACAUGCAGGAAUACAGAAGCACACGGCCCUGGUGAUCCAGAUCCGGGCUUUGAACCUGUAAGCAGUGGGUGGGACUCGAAAUUGCUCCUGUGGGGGCUUUCACACGUGACAGGAAGUGUUAUGUCAGCUAUCAGAGCUCAGGAUCUGCUUUGUGCACACUCUAUUGGAUCAGAGAUGUGAAGACCUCUUCCUGUUUGUGUUCCACGUCUACAGACUGAUGAAGUGAUUGGAGUCUCUAAGGAUGGAUUUGAGUUUUUAUAAAUGUAUUUCUUUGUUCUUCAGUUUAUACACUGUGACGAUUUUAAAAAAAAUGUUAACAUAAAAUAUAAUCCUCAGAGAUUAGUCCAGCUCACAGACAAACAAAAAACCAAACAGACAACUAACUCAGGUAUUUUAGAGAAUGUUCUAAGAAAAUAUUUAAAGAUUUUUUUCUGCGUUGUCACAAACUGGAGCUGCUCCUAAAGAAACAAUAAAACAGGAUUCCUUCCUCA